CCUAGGAGCCACUGGAGGAAAGGGACUGGGGAGGGGGUGGGCUGACUGGAAGCAGGAGCCCUUGGAACUGAGAUCAAGCUGCCUUCUUUGGAGCUGUGAUUACUCUGCCUUUCCUUGCAGCUGAGAUCGCUCUGCCUUCCGGAAGCCAGCUCUGUGCAUGCAGUUCCCAGGUUGGGGUCUCUGCCCUCAGGGCAGGGCAGGGUCUUUGUGACUCCUGUGCAACCCCACUCCCUGUAAAUACCUGGCCUCCUGCCAGGGAAGAGAAAGGAAAGAGCUCUGCCCCUCUGGGAUCCUUCUCCUCCUCAGCUCAGCCUGCAGAAGACCAAGGCCUGACCCAGCAGGGAGCCUGGAACCUGAGGGAAUGGCCCCUGGGAGCCGCAGACCCCCAGCCCAGGAGCUGGUGACAUUCCAGGAUGUGGCCGUGGACUUCACCCAGGAGGAGUGGGGCCUCUUGGACCAUCCUCAGAAGGAGUUGUACAAGGAGGUCAUGCUGGAGAAUGCCCGGAAUGCUCUCUCCCUGGGACUUCCAGUUCCCAGGGAAGGUUUGAUCUCCCAUUUUGGACAAAGGGAAGCACCUUGGAUGAUGGAGCUAGAAGACCCCAGAACCUCUUAUCCAGUCUCACAAAAACUCUUCUGAAGGAUUGACCCAUGGUGCCAGCCAAUUCCUUUGGAAAUCUGCUUGAUUGAAGAGUAUUAACAUAAGUAUAGGACAAGUCCAAAUCAGAAAAUAUCCUGAAGACUCUAGUGAGAGCCAAGAUGGAGAAACAAGAUUUGAAAUGAGGAAGGCUGCUGCCAAGCUGAGUAUUUCUAUGAAAGAAUCACGACAGCCCAGAUUCAUGAAAA